UAUUCUUACGCAUGCUCUUAGAUCAGCAGCCAAGUAUACCAUUCUGAAAAGAACUUCAAACUUCGCUAUAUAUAACAGAUGUUGAUUCCCUUCUAUUACAAAUUAACUUGCGUGUUCCAGUUACUCGUAUUUCUAUGAGUUACCUAUCCGGCCAGCCUCACUUUGUGUUGUUCCCUUUCAUGGCUCAAGGCCACUUGAUCCCCAUGAUAGAUAUUGGCCUACUGUUAGCACAAUGUAAUGUGAUUGUUACUAUAGUUACAACACCUCAUAAUGCAGAGAGAGUCCAAUAUACAAUCGCCCGUGCCAUUGAGUCGGGGUGCCCUAUCCGUUUAGUACAACUCCAGUUUCCUGGCAAAGAAGUAGGAUUGCAAGACGGGGUUGAGAAUGUAGACAUGCUGUAUUCAACGAAUGACAUAAUCAAAUUAUUCACUGCAGCAAACAAGAUGGAAGAAGCAGUGCAUAAAAUAUUUGAGAAGAUGACACCAAAACCCAAUUGCAUUAUUUCAGACAUGUGCCUCCAUUAUACUCACAAAAUUGCUACCAAGUUUCAGGUUCCAAGGAUAUCGUUCCAUGGAUUUUGUUGCUUCUCUCUUCUUUGUGAUCACAACAUAAAAUCCUCCAAUAUACUUGAGACCAUAACAUCUGAUUCGGAAUACUUCAGGGUGCCUGGCUUGACUGAAAAGGUCGAAUUUACUAAAGCCCAGUUGCCUCUUAUCCGCGAUGAAUCCUGGAAGGCAAUUAUGGAACCAUUAACAGAAGCUGACAAAGCAUCAUAUGGGGUUAUCAUUAAUACUUUCGAGGAGCUGGAGUCAGCUUAUGUCAGAGAGUACAAGAAGAUAAGGAAAUCCUGGUGUAUUGGUCCAGUUUCUCUCAGCCACAAAAAUGAGUUGGAUACGGAUAAAAGAGGCAACAAGACUUCAAUCAAUAAGCAAGAGUGUUUGAAGUGGCUUGAUUCUCAAGAACCCAACUCUGUAAUCUAUGCUUGCCUUGGAAGCAUCAGUACUAUCAAGUUUCCUGAACUAAAAGAGUUGGGGUUGGGGUUAGAGGCAUCCAACAAGCCAUUCAUUUGGGUCUUAAGAGGAAAGAAUGCAACAUCAAACCAAGUAGAGAAGUGGAUUAAAGAGGAUGGAUUUGAGGAAAGAACAAAAGGAAGAGGGCUUAUAAUUGUGGGAUGGGCUCCCCAAGUAUUAAUUUUGUCACACUCGGCUAUAGGAGGCUUCCUAACUCAUUGCGGAUGGAAUUCAACAAUUGAAGGUAUUUCUGCUGGCGUCCCAUUGAUAACAUUGCCGCUCCUUGGAGAGCAGUUUUGCAACCAGAAACUUGUAGUACAAAUAUUAAAAAUCGGAGUCAACCUUGGAAUUGAAAAACCUACGAUGUUUGGCGAUGAGGAAUCUGGUUUCAUUUUGAAAAGAGAAGAAGUUAAAAACGCGAUAUACCAAUUGAUUGAUGAAGGAAAUGAAGGAAUAGAGAGAAGGAAACGUGCUAAAGUGUUUGGAGAGAAGGCAAAAAAAGCUAUUGAAGUUGGGGGCUCUUCUUACCUAAAUAUCACAUUGUUAAUCGAAGACAUCAUCCAACAAUCUUCAAAUAUGUGUUUGGAUUUGACUUCAGUCUCACAUGACGGUGAGACGGGAAUGGAGGAGAUAUGAGAGAUUCUUGUAAUAUGCAUCAAGUAUAAAAUUCUUUUCUUGUAGUCAAAAUGCAAAUUUAUAGCUUUUUUUCCCUUCUCUCUUCAAAAUUACGCUUUUACUUACUUUGUGAAGCAGGUCAAACUAUUAAAAUGGUUGAUUAUAAAUGAAUCAAUGAGACUUUUUUUUCUCUUAAA